AUAUAUUAAGAGUACGUGACCUAAGACCAUGUGUCAGCCUACGACCUAAUCAUUAUAAUAUUUGACAUUCCUAUUUGUAUAUUUGUAUUUGUCCAUUUGAUAUCGAAAUCAUUAUAUUGUUUAAUAUUCAUAUUUGUAUAUUUGUUUAUCUCAUACAAAUUUCCAUUAGUAAGUUAUUAUCUGUAUUUGUUGUCACUCUUUCGAUGGAAGUAUUUGACUAUUGUAAUUGUAAAUAGUAAUUAAGAUAUCUCUACUAUAUAUAUGGACGAUUUGUAAUAAUAAAGACAGUUCAAUUCAGAUACUCUACGAGUCUAGUCAUUUCAAAAACACCAACUGUGUUAAAACCCUGCCCCAUAACAAUUUUGGCGCAGUCGGUAGGAUCCGUCGCGUAAUAGUGCAAGUCGAACUUAACGUCUGGGACUCGGACAAACAUCGCCAACAAUCCUAGGACGGUGCCUGAAGGGCUUUGAAUAGUUCGCCGAAUCUAUACUCUGCAAUGCGUAUCCUGUUGCUGUUACUGGGGUAAGUGGUCAACACAUGUUGCUCUGUUUCCUUUCUCUGUUUCCUUUUCAUAAAUCUUUUUCGCCUAAAUCAUAAAAUAAUUUUAUUAUUCAAACUCAAAAUCUAUUUUUCUAUCUAUUUUUAAUAUUCUAUUAUACUAUAUCAAUUUUACGAAUUCAAUUAUUCUAAUUUCAACAUUCAUUAUGUCACAACAAAAUAUUGACACAAAACCUAAAUUUUGCGAACAAAAUGUUCCGCUAAAUACUUUAUUACAAUUAAUACCGGAUUUCGAUACAACACAAUCGGGUCAAGUAUAUAAGUUCAUAAGAUCGUGCGAUUCAGCUUUUAAAUUAGCAAGUCUAGAGCAGGAAGAAAUUUUAUUAAUUUAUGCUUUAAAUAAAAUAAGUGGGAAUACUUCUUCUGAUAUCCACGCGAAACUAUACUCAAACUGGGACGACUUAAAAACGUUCCUUAUACAAAAAUUUUCGCAAACAAAAACUCUUUCACAUCUAAAUCUCGAACUACAAUCACUCUUUCAGAAACCAAAUGAAUCGGUAACGGAAUUUUUCCACCGCGUAGAUUUAUGUAGAAAUAAAAUUUUAGAAAAAUUAACAACUGAAGUGGUAGAUGCGACAUCAAUAGGACGGAAAACUACUACGGAAGAAACAGCUCUGAACGUUUUUAUUAAUGGAUUGAGUUCUGACAUAGGUGUAAUGUUGAGAACAAAAGGUUUUGAUUCAUUAACUCAUGCUGGAAACUUUGCAAUUCAAGAAGAAAAAAUUCGAAAAAUGAAUACGGCUAGGCAAAGUUUGUUUAAAAAUAGUCGAAUAACAACACCGCUAUAUAGCAAUGUCGUUCGUCAACCACCUCAGAUCAAUCAACCUCAAAUACAUAAACCACCAGAUAAACAUACUAUUAAUACCAAUCCGCGAAAAUUUAUUAUAUGUAAUUAUUGUAAAAAACCCGGACAUCAUAUAACUAAUUGUAGAAAGAGAAUAUUUAAUAAUAGUCGUAAUAACCAAUUUCCGCGAAAUAAUCCGACUCCAGCUCGAGUAAAUCAUUUAAACUUGCAACCGGCCGAUCUGACGGGCACAGUUUCGGAAACGGUUCCCACGUAUUGCCCAAAUAUUUCAAUGAUCACCGAGGGUCAGGAUAUUACUCUAGAACCUCAAAUAAACGAUCUUCAAAUUCAGUAAAAUUCAAUAGUAAUCAGUGUCAUACUACAU